CCAUAGCUGUAGCUGUAGUCUUCAGCACUGGGCACUGGUAGGUGGUAGAUCGUAGAGUGGGAGAGAGACUGGCGGAGGCCAAUGUUACUUACCUGUGGCGCCAUCGCUCCAGCUCCAUCUUCGUGGUACCUGCAUCAAGGCGCCAACUUCACAGAUCAGCAGUGCCACGUCACAGUGCCAAGUCACAGUGCCACGUCAGCAGUGCCACGUCACAGUGCCACGUCAGUAGUGCCACGUCAGCAGUGCCAGGUCACAGUGCCACGUCACAGUGCCACGUCACAGUGCCACGUCACAGUGCCAAGUCACAGUGCCACGUCACAGUGCCACGUCACAGUGCCAAGUCACAGUGCCACUGCCACGUCAGCAGUGACGUCCGACACAGUGCCACGUCAGCAGUGCCACAUCAGCAGUGCCACGUCAGCAGUACCACGUCAGACACAGUGCCACGUCAGCAGUGCCACAUCAGCAGUGCCACGUAAUCAGCAGUGCCACGUCAGCAGUGCCACAUCAGCAGUGCCACGUAAUCAGCAGUGCCACGUCAGCAACAUGGCGGGCCUGCCAGGCCAACUGGCCAAUGAGACCAUUGCCACCUACAAGCAGCGUUGCCUGGCUCAGAUAGAGGCUGRGGAACAACGCCUGCUGGCAGUCGAGGCUGCCCGCGUACAGGCUGACGAGGCAGCAGCAGCAGAGAAGCUGCGGCUACAGGCCGAUGCAGACGCAGAUUCCCAGGCUCGCCGCAAGGAAGCCCAGGAUCUGCUACAGCGCCAUGAAGCCACAAGCAACGACAGACUCAAGUUCUGGCAUUUUGAACCGAACAGCGACGAGGCAACACCGGAAGAGCAGCAUAAGGAGUUCCUCUCCAAACUCGUGACACGGUUGCUGUAUGCUUGCAACUACCAAUGGUCAGAGUUGGAGAGACAGUACCAGGACCUGACGCAACAGCAUCAGGAGUUGGCAACGCUCCGCCGAACAGUGCAGAGCCACGAGGAUGCAACUCGGGCACUCAAUGCCCGAUUGCUGGACCUGGAACAGGCUGUACCAGGACCAACUGCCGGGGCUUCCAACAGUGCACCCUCUAGCCGCCAACUGGAGGAAUGCGUUGACCACAUCCUGGCAAUGCUCGGCGACAAUAACACCUUCGCUGCGCCGAUUCUGCCUGUCGCUAAGCACAAGUACAUCGGCGCCCUGUUCCUGAACUCAAAGGGCGGAUACCAGACCUGGUUGACCCACCUGGCAACCUCCCACGGCGUCGACGUACCGGACCUCAAGGACAAGAUCAAAUGGGAAGAACUGACACGGCUGUGGAAGAAGAAGUUCAUCGUCGACGACGCGCCGACACUCGCCAUCAACUGUUUGUUCACCAUGUCACAGGGCAACACUGCAACACAGGAUUGGCUCACAGAGUGGUUGAAGAUUGCGGCAAUGCCCAAUCUGCACCUGCCUUUCACUCAUCUCAGGCGUGAGUUCUACAACAGGUCAUGUGCUGCAUUGAGCCAGGCUCUUGGUGAUCGCGAGCAGUACGCCACCUUCGCCAAGAUUAUCGACAAGGCGCGAGAGAUCAUCAAGACCAACAGGUACAAACUGGUCCGCGACAACAGCACUUCGCUGCAGUCCAGCAGGACAGUGGGGAUAACCCAGCAGCCACUCCUCGGCGACUAUCAUGAUUCACGACUCGCCGACCAUUUCGGAGUCAACCGCACUAUUGCACGGCUUCGACAGCGAUUCCGAUGGCCCGACCUCAUUACCGAUGUCACUCGGUAUUGCGACUCUUGCGAAGUUUGCCGACGCAGCAAGCCCCGCAACCGCAAUCCCUACAGCGAGUUACACCCGAUGCCUAUCCCACGGGAACCCGGUCUCUCCAUUGCCAUGGACGUCACCGGUCCGUUUCCUCGCGACCGGCUCGGGCACGACGACAUCCUCACGGUUGUGGACCGAUUGAAUCAGCAGUGCCACGUCACGGUGCCAAGUCACAGUGCCACGUCAGCAGUUCCACAUCACAGUGCCAGAUCAGCAGUGCCACGUCAGCAGUCCCAGGUCACAGUGCCACGUCACAGUGCCACGUCACAGUGCCAAGUCACAGUGCCACGUCACAGUGCCACGUCACAGUGCCAAGUCACAGUGCCAAGUCACAGUGCCACGUCAGCAGUGCCACGUCACAGUGCCAGAUCAGCAGUGCCAGGUCACAUUGCCACGUCAGACAUAGUGCCACGACAGCAGUGCCACGUCAGACAGUGCCACGUCAGCAGUGACAUCCGACACAAUGACACGUCAGCAGUGACGUCCGACACAGUGCCACGUCAGCAGUACCACUGGACCUUCAACGUCAUGGAAACCCUAUAUGAUCUUGUUCUCGGCACUGCCUACUCCCAUCAGUUCGCCCAUGCUGGCCCCGAUUGGACCCACAAUGACCUCGUCCUCGACACCAAGGAUGGGAAGYWGUAYCGUAUUCCGUUGUUGGGCAAAUCGGACUCUACACCCCCCUCUCCUGUCAAUGUUGCCAUCUUGACACCAACUCAGUUCCACCACAUCCUUCGUCAGCCUGAUGCCGAACUCUACAUUGUCGACAUCACGGAUCUCCUUGUCUGUAACUCUAUGCAUCAGGACGCUGAGUUGGUCGAGCUCGACCCACCACUCCAUGAGCCUCCCGAGCAUCCUGAUCCUUCAGCCCCCUCAACCCUCUCCACCCCUGCUACCUCAUCUCACCUUCUUGCAUCUUGUUCCACGGAGGCGCCAUCGGUACCUAUUCCCAUACCGACUCCUUCCACCCCUGCUUCAGACGCCGCUGCAGCCGAGGAGUUUGACAACCUCCUAUCGACUUUGCAGCCUAGCGUUGCGGCUCUCCUUCGCGAGUAUCGCGAUGUUUUUCCUCCGACCGUCUCUUAUAGCAGCAUUCCUCCUAUGCGCGAUAUCGAGCACCACAUCCGUCUCGAACCUAACUACCGUAUUCAGCAUCGUGCCCCAUAUUGCCUCUCGGUCCCCGAAGCCCAGGAACUUAAACGCCAAAUUGACGAGCUACUUYGUCAGGGCUUCAUUAAACCGAGUAUGUCCCCAUGGAGUGCAUUUGUCCUCUUCGAUCGCAAGAAGGAUGGCACUCUCCGCCUCUGCCUCGAUUACYGCGGUCUCAACGAGUAUAUGGUCAGAAACAGUUACCCUAUGCCUCGUGCGGAUGAUCUGUUCAACCGCCUCUCAGGCCACCGCUUCUUCACGAAGAUCGAUCUUCGUAGCGGAUAUCACCAUAUCCGCGUAGCCGAGAAGGACCAGCCUAAGACCGCUUUCCGUUCUCGUUUUAGGCACUACGAGCUUACCGUCAUGCCUUUCGGUCUCCGUAAUGCCCCUGCCACCUUCCAAACGGCUAUGAACACGAUGUUCCAAAACCUUCUUGAGGACUCGGUUCUAGUCUACAUCGACGACAUCCUGGUCUACAGUCGUACCUUAGAGGAGCAUCUGACCCACCUYCGCACUGUCCUCCAGCGAUUACGCGACCAUGGGUUUUAUGCGAAGCUCUCAAAAUGCCACUUCGCUCAACCCAAAGUCGACUUCCUUGGGCAUCAGGUCUCCGAGCACGGACUCCACAUGGACGACUCGAAGAUUCAGGCCAUUGUCGACUGGCCCACUCCUACCUCUCUUCCUGCGCUCCGUAGUUUUCUUGGGUUGACCAACUACUCUGGUCAUUUUCUUAAAAACUACGCGCAGUAUUCUUCCCAGCUUACCUCCCUGACCCGUGGACGUCUACCUUUUCAUUGGACCCCGGCUUACGAGGAUGCUUUCCGCUCUCUCAAGCGGCUUGUCACGUCAGCUCCUGUCUUACACUUACCUGACUACUCGCGUCCAUUCAUCGUCACCACCGACGUAUCUGACUUCGCUAUURGAGCUGUUCUCUCCCAGAUCUAUCCAGCCCCCUCUACUUCUUCCGAUUCCACAGAGUCUCGCCUCCCUCGCAUUCCUCGUUUCCCUCCUCCACCUCCAGCGACUGCGGCUCAUCUUGCACCCAUCGAGCCCACCCCCCCAGGGGCCCCACCCCCUUAUAUUCUUGACGUCGCUGAUGACGGUACAAUCGAGUCUCACGAUGGAGAGUGUCCGGUUGCUUAUCUAUCUCGACAGCUACUUCCCGCUGAACGUAACUACAUUGCCGAUGAGCGUGAGGUCCUUGCACUGGUCUACGCUGUUAAGAAGUGGCGUCAUCAUUUGCACGGUCAUACUUUCACCGUUUUGACGGACAACUCUGUUCUCGCCGCCUUCCAGACGAAGCCUAAGCUCACUUCUCGCCAGGCUCGUUGGUGGUGUGACCUCUCGGAGUUCGACUUCACCAUUAAGAAGAUUUCUGGCGAAAGCAAUCGUGUUGCAGAUGCCUUAUCCCGCCGCCCCGACCUUCAGUGCGAAGAUCGUCAGCUAUCUGCUAUCUCAGCCUCCACCAUCCACCCCGCCUUUCUGGAUGAGUAUCGCCGCGCGUACACCCAGUGCCCUGAGUUUCAGUCCAUCUACGCUGACCUACAGGCUGGCAAGUCCGUCCCUAACUUCCAGCUCGAUCCCUCUGGACUCCUAUACUGGCUUGGUCGCCAAGGUAACCGUACUCCUCGCUUAUGUGUGCCCUCUACUGGCCAGCUCCGCGUUCGGGCUGUAGCUGAGUGUCACGACCAGCGCGCCGCCGGUCAUCUCGGUGUCUUCAAGACACUUGACCGCCUCUACCACCAUUACUACUUGGAGCACCGUCAUCCUUUCACUAAUGAGUACGUUCGCACCUGCAGGAUCUGCCAGGAGGCCAACAUUCCCAACCACCCCCCCUAUGGUCUUCUUCAUCCCUUACCCAUUCCUACUCAGCGUUUGACUUCUGUCUCCAUGGACUUCAUUGGUCCUCUUCGUCCCCCUACCCCACGAGGCCACGAUGCCAUCUUCGUCGUUGUCUGUCGGUUGACUAAGCAUGCUCACUUUCUCCCUUGCAAGUAUGCUAGUUCAGCCAAAGACAUCGCCUCCCUAUACUUCAACCGUAUUGCCAUCCAUCACGGUCUCCCCACUAGCAUCAUCUCUGAUCGCGAUCCCCGCUUCACUUCCCAUUUCUGGCGUGGACUCCAUGAGAUCUAUGGCUCCGAGCUCCGCCUCUCCUCCUCCUAUCACCCCCAGUCAGAUGGACAGACCAAGGUCACGAACAAAACUCUUAGGAGUAUCCUCAAGAAGUUUGUUGAUAAUGAUUAUGAUUGGGAUCUUCAUCUUGCUCACGCAAAGAUUGCUUAUAACCAUGCUAUUUCUCCUGUCACUGGCAUGUCUCCCUACUACUGUGACUUGGGAUACCAUCCCCGUAUCCCAUCUGACCUUCUUCGUCCAUCUCAGAUCCAUCCCGACACCAAAUGCCCUGCCCUCGAUGACUGGGUAAAGGAGAUGGAUGCGCUCCUUAGCAAGGCUCGCGAGAGCAUUGCUAACUCCCAGACUCGCAUGGCCACUCGCGCUAACCGCUCUCGCAUCAACCAUCCCUUCAAAGUUGGCGACGAGGUUCUUGUCGACGCACGUCACUUCCAGCCCGAAGCUGACACACUUCGGAAAUUCAAACGUCGAUACAUUGGACCAUGCACCAUUCUUGCACCUGCCGGACCCAAUCAUGACUGUCCGGUGAGCUUCAAAUUGAAGUUCCCCGAUUCCAUGUACCGCCCUAACUUACAUGAUGUGUUCCAUGUAUCUCUUUUGCGCCCCUUCAGACGGUCUCCCCCCGAGUUCCAUGGUCGACCUUACCCUCGCCCCUCUCCCAUCAUCAUUGAGGGUCACGAGGAGUUUGUCGUCUCUGAUAUUGCGUCCCGACGUAUGACAAAUGGUGACCCUCCCCGCCUCGAGUAUCUCGUUCGAUGGAAGGGUUAUCCUGACGAGGAGUCUACUUGGGAGCCUCUUGAGCACCUGAAGCAUGCUAUGACUUUCGUGCGUGCUUACGAUCAUGGACAAGGAUCUACUCAAAUGAAUGUGGUGGUCGACAGCCAGGUAGAUAGGCCGGUUGAAGGAAUAUCAUGGUCCAAUGUGCUGAGGCAAAUUCGGGCACGUAGUGAUGGGGAUGGUGUAUUCGGCAAAUGGCUCGCCGAUGCUCGCACGAAGAGGAAAUACCUUGAGGAAUGUAGUGAACGAUACGAGUAUGGCAUGGCUUCGCAAAUUCAUGACAUGGAACAGCGUCUGCUUCAGCGUGAGUCUAAAGUGCCUUAUGGUAUUGCAGGUAAGGUUCCGAACGAUUCUGCAUUGAAAGGAGAAUGCGGACGCUAUAUGACUGACAAUGAAGAUCUUCGGUGGACUCAGGAUGAGUUGCUUGGGAUGUUGAAGAAGAAGGAGGUGGAAGUGACUGCCCUGAGGAGUGCAUUCGCAAAAAUUGAGGUGAAUGCACGAUCAGUGCUUGAAAGUUUCCUGGAAAGGAAACAAAGUGAAGAGAUAAAAGAUUGGUCUUUGUCCGGUAGUGUGGAUGCGAAGAAGGAGGAGAAUGUUGGCGAGGACAUUGCCAACCAACUUACGUCUUUACUUCAAUCCUCCAUUAGUAAUGACUUGCUUAACCAAGUUGCUGAGCUUAGUAUUAAAGUUGAUCCGCAUGUGUCCCAAGAGUGUGAGUAUUUGCGUCUACGCUGUGCAACAGUCAAGAGUGGAUUGAGAAAAUUGUUGUCGGCAGGUGCCUUGCCAUCGAUUGAUCCUUUUUUUGCAUCAGAGGUGUUUGAGCUUCCAACAGGUCGAACUUUAGAAGAGCUUCCGAAAAAUUGUUUGAUUGGCGACUCCCGAAUUCCGCAUAAGUACGACACUUGUGCUAAGAGGAAAGCAAUGGAAACCAACAAUACCACUCAGUAUGAUACGAAUAUUACGUCGAAAGUUGGAGCCGAACAUUCGGAGAGGUCAAAGAAAAGUGGGAAUGAUGAGAGGUCGGUGAAUCUUGGAAGUGAACAUCGUCGGGAUGAUCAUCCUGUUUUGCGUGAGGUUGAACGUGAACGUUCCCAAGAGAAUACCCUUGAUUAUGCUGAGAAAAUGAUUGUGGAGGGGGAUGGUGACAAUUGUCGUGUUGAUGGGGAUGGUUCGCGUAGAGGUCAGUCGGGUAGGCCUAUUAACCUUACAUUUCGCGAUCUCGAGGAUGAUAACAUUACAGGUGAUUCGAAAGGAGACUUUGUUGAAUCUACAUUCGUAAGAAAAAGGAGUCGUUGUGCGAAAACUAAUGUUUUGGAUUCACUCGGAGUGCCCGAGCCUACGCUCGGUAAUAAUCGGGUGGAACGGCAACUCGUUGCUGGUGAAAUGGAGACUCAGAUUUUAAAAGCGUUAAAUGAUCUCCCUGUCGAGACACUUGCAUCUCUUGAAUUUUGUGCACCGCUCGCUGGGCGUGCACGUGUUCGUGAUUCGUAUUCGCAAUCUCAACGCAGUGGACGUGAAAGAGAUGUUUGUGGCACAUCGCAACCGCAAAAUCCUGCGGGUGUUAUUGUGGUGCCCGACGAUAAGGAUGAACCCGCAAUCCGUGCUCUGAAUCUGCGCGCUUACCUACGAAAAUGGUUUGAGGAUGCGAAAAAGGUUGACAUACAAAAUGUCGUGACUGAGGUGCUUUUUGAAAUGUUUGUCUAAACUGCCACAGUCGUAAAAGAUGGACGAAUAUGGAAAAACUUCCUCGAGUGAAAAAGAAACAAACUCGCUAAUAUGCG